AUGGCGGACCUCAACCCCCCCAAAACCGCCGUUCAGGACCAGGAUAUUAAUCCUUGGUCCGUCGAGGGAGCUCAGGGCGAGAAUGGUGAAGUUGCUGCCAUCGACUACGACGCCAUCUGCUCGAAGUGGAAGACCUCAAAGAUCGACCAUGCGCUUCUCGAGCGAUUCGAACAGGUGACCGGCAAGAAGCCUCAUCGCUGGCUUCGACGCGGCCUCUUUUUCAGCCAUCGCGACUUCGACAAGAUCCUAACAAAGUACGAGCACGGCGAGCCCUUCUUCCUCUACACUGGCCGAGGACCCAGUACUGGCAGUCUUCACCUUGGCCACACGAUCCCGCUCGAGUUCACAAAGUGGCUGCAGGAUGUCUUUGACGUGCCCUUGGUUUUCAUGUUGACGGAUGAUGAGAAGGCUUUGUUCAAGGACAGCUUGACAUUCGAGGACACCCUGGCAUACGCUAUGGAGAACGCUAGAGAUAUCAUUGCGCUUGGCUUUGAUGCUAAGAAGACCUUUCUCUACAGUGAUCUCAAGUACUUGAGCAAUCACUUCCUCAUGAACGCCUGGGAGUUUUCCAAGUUGGUUACUUUCAACCAGGUCCGUGGAGCCUUUGGCUUCAACGAGAGCACCAACAUCGGCAAGAUCUUCUUUCCUUCAGUGCAAUGUGUCGCUGCUUUCGCUACAUCCUACCCCGAGAUUUGGUCUGACGAGCCUUCUCCCGUUCGAACCAAGCAACUGGGCAAGAUCCAAUGUCUCAUUCCCAUGGGUAUCGACCAGGACCCUUAUUUCCGGCUCGUCCGUGACAAUGCCCACCGCAUGAAGAACCCUUCGCCAAAGCCUGCCUUGAUUCACUCCAAGUUUCUCACUGCCCUGCAGGGUGCUGGUGGCAAAAUGUCAUCCUCGAACCCAAACUCGGCGAUUUUCAUGACUGAUACAGCUAAGCAGAUCAAGAAUAAGAUCAAUAAGUUUGCCUUCAGUGGUGGCCGUGAGACGCUUGAGGAGCAUCGCGAGAAGGGGGGAAACCCCGAUGUUGAUGUGGCCUACAUCUACCUCACUUACUUUGAGGACGAUGAUGAGAAGCUUCAGAAGAUCUACGACGACUACAAGAGCGGCGCUCUUCUCACUGGCGAGUUGAAGAAGAUGGCAAUUGAGGCUCUUCAGCCUGUUGUACAGACCUUUCAAGAUCGAAGAAAGGCUGUCACUGACGAGGUCCUUGAGUCGUACAUGAAACCUCGAAGACUUCAGUGGGGUGGAAACCCAAACCCCAAGCCUAAAGAACCCAAACCAAAGGAGGAAAAGAAGAAGGAGAAUAACGAGAAGAAGACUACUGAGUUGCCUGACCGUACUGCGGAGAAGUCGGCCUAG